ACUCAGGAACACAGUCAGGUUAUCACGCUGGCAGAGACAACCGGAUGACGCCUCCCUCCAGGGUCUACUCAAUGAGAAACACCUGCUGCCAGUUCCAACUUCCAGGCAGAGAGGAACGCAGAAAAAAACCUGCACUUAUCCACAAAAGGAUGACAGAAAUGGGAUUUCCCCUGUUCAGGAAGAUCGACGCGACCAAAUAAAUAGAGCUGCGAAGCAAAGAGAACAUCAUCUUCCUCACUGACUUGUCCUACAUUAUCUUCAUUAUGGACCUUCUACCGCUCUUAACAGAACUGUUCAUCCUCCUCUCUGUGCGAGCCUCGCCGGCGAACAGCGUCGCCGCCCCGCUCACCUACGCAGACACGGACCCGAUCACCGGCAGGCCGGUGCAGUGUGACAGCUGUCCCCCGGGGACCUAUCUGAGCGCUGGCUGCUCCUCCAUUAGGAAGAGCGACUGUGCUGUGUGUCCAGACGGCUCCUUCACGGAGCUCUGGAACUACAUCGGGAGGUGUUUGCGCUGCGGAGUCUGCGGACGGAACCAGGUGGUGAAGAAGAAAUGCACCGCCGACAGCGACUGCCAGUGCGAGUGUAAACAAGGUUACUUCUACCAUCAGGACUACGACAUGUGCAUGAGACACAGCGAGUGCCCGUCUGGCUGCGGAGUGCUUACCAAAGGUACACUCGAGAAAGACACCGUGUGCAGUAUCUGCCCGAAUGGCACCUUCUCUGACAUUUACUCCACUGAUCAUAAAUGCUCACAGCACAAGAGCUGCAGCGAUGCAGGGCUGCAGUUGGUGCUUAAGGGCUCAACCUGGCAUGACAACGUGUGUGCAAACUGCAUAGAGCUCAAAGAUGGAGCCACAUAUCUCAAAGAAAUCAUCCCGGCCUUUUUCAUUCAUCAUAAAAUAAAACUCAAACGGCUGCGUCGAAUAGUGCUCAAGCUUCCAUCUCAAGAUGUCAGAGAGCAGGAAGGAACUUUUGAGCUCAGCUUCUCACAACUUCACUCACGCAUCAGCAGCUUGGUUUCAUCUGCCACUCCGAUGCAGAUUCGGCAGCUUCCAGUGGUUCUGAUUAAAAUGAGGGCCUCCCAUGCAGGGGAAAAACUGCGAAACAAGCUGAACAGAAUUGACAAAAAUCUAUCAAAGCAGUGUAAUUUAGGGAGUGUUAGCAAGGUAGACUUAAAUUCAGCUUUGGCUUAAGGGGUAAAAAAUAUCUUUGUCUUGUACUAGACAGGUAAAAUAUUUCACUGGCUAAUUUAUAAUAAGACUAAUAGAAAUAUUGUUUUUGUUAUUUUAUCAUGCUGCCUUACUUCUGUAAAGAAUUUAAUUUUUAAAGCAAGCAAAGUAUUGGAUGUUUCAUGGUUAUUCCUAUAAAGGUCCGGGGACUUUAAUGAGUUAUGUUUUAAUGUAAUUUCUAGAGUUAAAAGUUUGCACCAAGGUUAUCGGAGAGGUCAUGUAAGUAAGCUGGACACUAACCUAUAAUCAUUGAAAAGUGUCAGCUUGCAUUUAUCUACCUCCCGUGCUUGAGAGAUUUUGCACCUGUCACUUUUUCUUACUGCAAAAGUAUUACCGUGUUAUAGCUCACUGUGUCAAGAGAUAUAUUUAUUUAUUUGAAGAAAGUUUAGUCCAAACAAGAUAGCAUGAAGAGCUUUAUAGUUUUUAGUAUACAGCUGUGCUUUGAAAAUGUAAUCAUGCACAUUAAACACAGAGCAUGUUUAAUCAGUAGUAACCAUGUUUUCACUAUACAUGGUUAUGAAAAAAUAAAAUUCCUCAAAACUA